AUGGAUCGCCCGGUUACCUCAAAGUCUCGCGGAAUUUGCAAGUACUACAAGGAACCGAGAGGCUGCUUUGCAGGCAACAAGUGCAAGUUUCUUCAUGACGAGCCAAAUACUCGAAGCUUGACGCCCUACGACCAAGCAAAGACUUGUCGUUUCUAUGCUCAGGGUUUUUGCAAGAGAGGCGACAAAUGUUGGUUCAAGCACACUGCAAGACCUCGUAGUCCUGGCUUAGAGGACGAGGACGAGCCCUGUUCCAUUUGUUUUGAACAACCUGUUACCUAUGGCCUUCUCAUGGGUUGCAGUCACGUCUUUUGUAUUUCAUGUAUCAAGCAAUGGCGAGAUUCAUCCAAGCAGAAUAGAGAUCCGGGCCCAUCCAAAGUCACCAAGCAAUGCCCAAUGUGUCGUGCUCCUUCCGCAUACAUCACGCCCUCAUCCAUCUUUUACAAGAAUGAAGAUCCCAGAAAGGAGAAGAUCAUAAUUUCGUACAAGGAGAGCAUGGCCAGGGUACCUUGCAGGUAUUUCCAAGCAUCCAAGAUGGAAGAUGCUACCAACCCAUUUUGUCCCUUUGGCAAGGAUUGCUUUUACCAACAUUUGAACGAGGACGGGACUCCUCACGUUUUCACGCAGGGUGUUGAUAUGUGUAUGAGGGUGCGUCACGUCGUUCGCUCAUCUGACUAG